CUCGACUGUUGCUAUCCACCAGUCCCGGGGUCCGUCCCAAGUUGGACCCCCUCUUGCUCGAAAUCACAUCCUUUGCUUGCACAAUCUUCCUAUCAUCCAGCGCGUCGUGUUGUGCUUGAGUACUGCACUGCUACUCAAGGUUUCUGCUCACGCCGUUCAUUCAUCCCUGCUUCCGCUCGCUCGGUCCCUUCCCGUGAACCCGGCCCGUGCCCCCGCCUGUGGCAUGGUGACCGUUGAGGUUCCUGCCCAUUGAUUAACGGGUUGGCCGAGAUAGUCCCGUUCAUCUCGCGUCCGCCAUCGAGAGACAAGCGACACGCGCCACGGUUCUGGCAUCGGCCAUGAGUUCAUCGAACUCGACUGUGGGCAAGUCCCUGCCAGCAACCUCGAAUCACGCCUCGUCGAACCCAGCGGGACCCUCGACCACGAGCUUCGAAUCCACGCGUCGACCUGCACAGAUCGGAACGUCAUCGCCCCAGCCGAUGCCGAGGAAGGGGCAGGCCUCCAGAAAGCAACACAAGAACCAGCGACGACCGAGUGGCGGGCUGAGGGUGAACAGCGCCCUCGACGACUAUGACCACAUGGCGGAAAUGCGGGCAGUCAGGAAUCCGUCCAGCCGCCGUGGCCAGACCUCCAUUACGCACCUGCUGAACUACACGGCUCCGAGAGCGUACCAGGAUCAUGGCCAUCAUCUUCAUCAUCCGAGAUCGUUCCGUAGGAACCCGACCUGGGGUCCUGGCUCAGGCUACCAUGCCGCCGACAAGGCGCGAUACGUCCAUGCCAACUACCGUUUCGUCGUCUCGCCAGACGGUGUGUACAAAACACAUGCGGCCGAUGCAGACCUGUACCUGGAAUGGACCAACAUUCUGCAAGUCAUCGCAUCUCCCGAGUCCCAGUCAGCUUCGUGUCCGAUCUGCCUCUCCGAACCGGUGGCACCGCGCAUGGCCAAGUGUGGGCACAUUUUCUGCCUCUCCUGCUUGAUUCGAUUCAUGAACUCGUCGAGCGACGACGAUGUAAAGUCGGGUAAAGGCGCUCGGUGGAAGAGGUGCCCGAUAUGCGAGGACACCAUCUACUUGCACGAGGUGCGGCCUGUGCGCUUCCAUGCCGGCCAAGAAACACCUCUGCCCAACGUCGGCGAUGAUGUGGUUCUGCGACUUAUGGCGCGGAAGGGCAACUCGACCUUGGCUCUACCCUGGGAAGGAGGGGCGGAGGUUUUGAACGCCGGAGACGACGUCCCCUGGCACUUUGCUGCUAACGUCCUGGACUAUGCACGCAUAAUGAAGGGCACAACGGAGUAUAUGCACGGACAGUUCGAUGAGGAAAUCACUGCGUUGACAGAGCAGGAAAGAGAAGACGAGCUUCUGUUUGGCCAAGACAACGAGUGGACUCAAAAGGCUAUCAAGGCCAUCUCCCAGGCCAAGGAGCGGACGGAGGGCCUCGCCAAUCCCGAGGCUGCGAUAUCGAUGCCAGGCCCAAACCCGUCAAAACAACCCGCCGAGGCAGAUUUUUACUUUUUCAGCUCACCGCCUCAUCUGUAUCUGUCGCCGCUGGACAUCCGGAUCCUCAAGACAAAGUACGGCGCCUUCUCUAACUUUCCGUCGACUCUGCUGCCGAGAAUCGAACAUAUUUCCACAGGACACGUCGUGGACGAUGCGUUGCGUAAGCGUGCCAAGUAUCUCGGCCACCUUCCGCGCGGUUGCGUCAUCAGCUUUCUAGAGUGCGACUGGACCGACAUUGUUCCCGCGGAGACGCUGGCAUCAUUUAAUGGGGAGAUCGAACGGCGUCGCAAGCGCAAUCGUGACAAGGCAGCUCAAGAGGAGCGUGAGCGCCAGCAGGCGGAGCGCAUUGAGGCCGCGGACCUCCGACGAACGCUCGGUACGCCGAGGACGAUUGAGCCAGUGGAAGAGCACAUUUCGAAGCUGGACAUUUCGGAAUUUCAGCCACUAUCCGCACAUACUGGCACGACACCUCCCGACCCCCGCCCUGGAUUUGAGACGCUGGCGUCCAUGUCGACCAGUCCAUCCACACAGCGAACCGUCUGGGGAACUCGUGCGCUGGCUGCGUCGCCUGAGCUGGAGCCAACACAGCCCAACGUGGACGAUGGGUGGCUCAAGGACGAGGAGCUAUUGGGCACUGCCGAGCUGGCGAUGCAGCUCGAAGCCAUUGACGCCGUAGAGCACGCUGCCGCUAGCGGAGGAGCAAGCGUUGCCGGUAACGGCGGUGGCGGCAAAAAGGGCAAGAAGAAGAAGCAGAAGAUCACGCUUAUGAGCACUGGCGGCAGGAGGGGGAACUGAGCGAUUUAGAAGAACGCGACAUAGAUGUUCAGACAGCGAUCUUGAGUGGGCAUUUCGCUUCAACUUUGACUCCGGGUUUGAGACCUCGAGGUUAGUGUGCUGCAGCAGACGGGGGCCUCGGGAAUGCGAUGGCAGUCAACAUGAAGUGAGCGCGCACGCCAUUCUGGGUUCUUGAUUGUAAGCAGCUUAAUCAUGUACAAUGCGCAGCGCUCAUUUAUUGGGAAGCCAUUGAGAUGCCCAUGGCAGUGUGUUACUACGAAGGUCGAAGUAUGAAUUCCGCUUCCGGACACGCAAGAAGUGAUGCAGAAACAAACUACUCAACGUCAAAUAUUCGGUGAUAAUAAAAGGAUAACAGGAAACACAGACUUGCUAUAAGUUGCUGGAUAUAUGAAGUACCAUGGGCAAAAUGUCCUGCCCGGUGUCGAUGUAAUCCGAUUGCGUCGGAUGCCUCGAUGGACCAGGCGGGGCGAAGACGG